AUGGUGGAGAGUGUGAAAAAUCUUAUACCAAGUAAUCCAGAUAUCAGUAAUCUUCGGAUCCUGUUGUAUGGAGCUGUUGGAGCUGGAAAGUCCAGCUUUAUAAAUUCUCUGAACAGUGUCUCCGGAACACGGGUUGUUACCAAAGCGCAAACAGUUCCAUCAGGAGCUUGCAUGAGUUGCACAAAAAGAUGCUGUUAUGUUUCCUACUCAUCAAUAUUUGAUCUCUAUCUACAGUUUAAUAGUGACACUCCACUGUCUCCAAAGGACCCAAGAUACAUCAGUACCCCCUCAAACAGAGAAAAAACACAUUGCGUGGUCUGUGUUGUGUCAGCAAACACUAUCUCUCAAAUGCCUCAGGCUACCACUGACAAGAUGAAGGCAUAUUUGGAUGAAGCAAGAGAACUCGGAAUCCCUCAAGCUGUUAUCAUGACUAUGGGUGAUGAAAUCUGUCCAGCUGUUAAGUAUACUGUGAAAACCAUCUACAUGAGCAAGAAAAUUAAACAAAAGAUGAAAGAAUGCAGUGACAAAUUGCAAGUUUCGAUGACCUGUAUCUUCCCUGUGAGGAACUACAGUGAGGAGACAGAAACAAACAAUGACGUCGAUGUCCUCCUUCUGUUAGCACUGAGACAAAUUGCUUAUUUAGCCAAUGACUAUGUUGAAGACCUUGGACACGAGGAUCAUGAAGAAUAGAUAAUAAAAGAAUGUAGAAUGUUAAA